UUAGCCUUCCAAAUUAAACCGCAUUCGGAGGAAAGGCAACCCAAUCUAAAAAAAACCCUAGGUAUAUAUAAAGGAUAUACACACUCCCACUUCCUCUCCAUUUCCCGUUCGUAUUCAUCCUCUGCAGAUCCCACUUCCUCUCCAUUUCCCGUUCGUAUUCAUCCUCUGCAGAUCCAAAGCUUCUCGGGUAAAGUUAUUUGAGCAGAGAUGAAGGUUAUCGCCGCCUAUUUACUCGCUGUGUUGGGAGGCAACACCAGUCCUUCCGCCAAGGAUCUGAAGAACAUCCUUGGCUCUGUUGGCGCUGAAGCUGAUGAUGAUAGGAUUGAGCUGCUUUUAUCAGAAGUUAAUGGAAAGGACAUAACAGAGCUUAUUGCGGCUGGGCGUGAGAAGUUGGCAUCAGUUCCAUCUGGUGGCGGUGCUGUUGCAGUUGCUGCAGGUGCUGGAGGUGGCGGUGCUGCUGCUGCUCCAGCUGCUGCUGAAUCCAAGAAAGAGGAAAAGGUGGAAGAGAAAGAGGAGUCAGAUGAUGAUAUGGGCUUCAGUCUUUUCGACUAAAGGAUUUGAGCACCUUAUCGUCAGACGUGACCUUUUCUUUUCAAUUAACAGCUCUUUAAUAGGUGCUUAGGUUUUCUGUUCUGCAGUCAUUUUAGUUUUGGUUUAUAUUUUUUUUUUAGAAGAAAGCUGUGGCAAGUUGAAAACACUGCUUCCUUGUUUGAUGGAUUUGAUUUUGAUUUAUGGAUCUCAUUAAUUUUCAUCCUUUUUGGGGAACCGAAUGUAAUUUGAUCUUUGCUGCUUGGAUGGAAUUAUAGGAAUGAAUAUUUGACCAAAUAAUCACUUUUCCUUGUUUUAA